AUGUAUAUAUAAGGGCCCCCCGCAUCAGCCGAAGGACACUUGGUCUCGGUCCCUAAUUACGGAGGAAAUUGCCCCGGCGCACUGCGGAGCGCCUCGCCGAGAGCCGCGGGCCGCCGUGCCGUACCGACGCCUCCGCAGCAGGGAUGGAGGUGAUGGACAGCUGCAAGUUCUCCCCGUCCGAGCUCUUCUAUGACAGCUCCUGCCUCUCCUCCCCGGAGGGCGACUUCCCCGAGGAUUUUGAGCCCAGGGAUCUGCCUCCUUUCAGCGCCCACGAGCCCCCCGAGCCCGCCUGCUCCGAGGAAGAGGAGCAUGUCCGAGCUCCCACUGGCCACCACCAAGCCGGUCACUGCCUCAUGUGGGCUUGCAAAGCCUGCAAAAGAAAAUCCACCACAAUGGACCGGCGGAAGGCAGCCACCAUGAGGGAGAGGAGGAGGCUGAAGAAAGUGAACCAGGCUUUUGAGACCCUGAAGAGAUGCACCACUGCCAACCCCAACCAAAGACUCCCCAAAGUAGAGAUCCUGAGAAACGCCAUCAGAUACAUCGAGAGCCUACAGGAGCUCUUGCGGGAACAGGUAGAAAACUACUAUCACCUGCCGGGACAGAGUUGCUCCGAACCGACCAGCCCCACUUCCAGCUGCUCCGAUGGGAUGGCCGACUGUGGCAGCCCCGUUUGGUCGGCGAGAGGCAGCAGCUUCGACGCCGUCUACUGCGCCGAGAUGGCCCACGGGUACACCGCCGAUCAGAGCAGCGCCCUGUCCAGCCUGGACUGCCUCUCCAGCAUCGUGGACCGUCUCUCCCCGGCCGAGGAACCAGGGCUGUCCCUGCGCGACGCCGACUCCCUCUCGCCCAGCGCCAGCAUCGACUCGGGCCCGGAGACGCCCGGGACGCCGCUGCCCCGACGGACCUACCAGGCGCUAUGAGGGGCCGGAGGGCCGGCACCCCGCGCCUGCCGCCGGGGCCGCCUCCCGCGCCCGGCCGCCUCCUGCAAACGCUUCUCGGGCGAGGGAAGCAGCCCCGGAGCCCCUCGGGCCGCCGCUUUCCUCUGGGGCCGCAGGCAAAGCGCC